AUGUGCAAAGAGUAUAGUAUCACCGUGAAUGCGACCUCUGAGAACUACAAAUGGGCUCUUGAUCCUAUCAUGGGCAACGAUGACAGAACAGCUAUCAGCGCGCAGAUCGGGCGACGUGACGUGGCUGACGUGUUUCGCCCACUCAGUCCUCCAACGGAAGCAGAGACCGCGGUCUAUACGAUCGCUGGGACAUUCUGCGAGCCUUCCAAUGAAGGCAGCAACACGCUUCUGGUGGCAACCCAUGGUGGAGGAUACGACAGAGCAUACUGGCAUCCUGGUGUUCAGCAUGAGAAGUACAGCUUUGUCGAUUUUGCCAUCGCGAAGGGGUUCUCCAUUUUCUACUACGAUAGAGUAUCCACUGGCAAGUCCCAGAUUAUAUCCGGUUACGUCGCGCAAAUCUCGAAUCAAGGAGCCAUCCUGAAGGGCAUCGUCGAGCAUGCCCGCGCUGGCCAGUUCCCUAGUCCUGCCAGCAACAAGGUCGUCCUUGUUGGCCACAGCAUCGGAAGCAUUGUCUCGAACUCAGUUCUGCGCUCCGAUCCCGCCCUGAUCGACGCUGCCAUUCUCACUGGUGUCGCUUACUACGGCGUUGACAGCUCGCGAUCCCUGCAGUCCCGACAAUCUCGAGUCGCAAACGCCGUCGACCCGAUAAAGUAUGAUAAACUGGAUGGCGCAUACAACUUCGCUGUCGACAAGUAUGCAAAUGCUGAGAAUUUCUUCAAGUAUCCGUACUAUGAUCAGGAGGUACUCCAGUGGGCGGAGGAAUACAAGGUGCCAUCGUCCAUCGUGGAGGAUUUGACUGUCAGAGCGACUAACACUACCUCUCCCGAAUUCGAAGGUCCAGUACUGAUCAUGAGUGGCGAAUACGAUUUCGUCGCCUGCGAGGGCUACUGUCCUGGUGUUAUUGAGAAGGGAGCCAGCGAGAUGUUCCCUGUAUCCAAGAACCUUGUCACUUAUUCGCAUCCGAACAGUGGACACUCCAUCAAUCUUGGCUUGAACGCCACGGGCUCUUUCGAAGUCAUCACGGAGUUUCUGAAGGGUAAUGGCUUCUAG